AUGUCCACUCCCUUCGACCUUCGCAACCCCGGACGUCCAAUCCACGUCGGCGUGGUCUUGCUAAACACGGUAACCGAGCACCUCGACAUCGCCCCAGUCGGCUUCUUCCACAACAUCAGCAAAGACUUUAUCAAAACCCUCCCCCCAUUCGCCAUGACUGAUGAGGUCAGAUCCCAAGCCCUAGAUUUCGUCACCCACUGGGUAACCGAAGACGGCAAAACCCCCGGUGUCCUCAGCGGAAACCUCAAAGUCAUCCCCACGGACUCCUUCACCACCUGCUCUCCACUAGACAUAAUCCUCAUCGGCGCCGGCCAAACAGGCUACCAAGCGACCGAGACAGAAAAAGCCUUCUUGAGAAAAUGCUACAGCGAAUGUUCCGCCUUCCUAUCCGUCUGCGGCGCGUCCGACGCCCUCCUAGCUACUGGUAUCCUCGAAGGCAAGACAGCCACAGGACCGCGCUCUUUUCUGCCGUUGUUCCGACAGAUAGCGCCUGGGACGAACUGGGUGGAGAAGAGAUGGGUACGGGAUGAGAAGAUCUGGACUACGGGGACGUUGUUGAAUGGGCUGGAUAUGAUUGCGGCGUUUGGGACGGAAAUGUGGGGUGGUGAGGGGUCGUUGGUGGAACAUAUGCUUACACUUGCGAUCCAUGUCGGACCCGCAAGAUCCGGUACGCCUGUCGAAGGUAAGCAUGAAGUGCCGAGGAUCAUAUGUUUUGUUUACCAUGCUGAAUUGCGCAGAUGCGCAAAGCUCGGGUACAUGUGUACGGUUACAGGGAGCCCCCCAUUAACGACCGCCAGAAGUGAAAAGAGCCCUAAGACCCGAGAUGUGGGGGCUACUCCUCAUCCCCCAUCCAGUAGUGACGAUCUUGUCUCAAAUCUAUUCCAAGACAAACCCAGAGAGAAAGACCAAGUAAUGCAGCUACGGGAACUACAUCGCGGUCUAUUACCAGGUCACACCACAGACGACGGGAAUCCUCCUACACCCAUACAUACACCACCCAGUAUCAGUGAGACUGUAGACUGCGAACCCAAGUCCAUAAAAAUAAACCUCAGUAUGCAAGAAGCCGAAGAACUACUACACCAAUUCAACCAGCGAAGGACAUACUUCCCAUUCAUUUCAAUACCCAAAGACACCACAGCAUCCUCAAUGGCGACAUCUCAACCGUUCUUAUUACUGGCCAUUCUAACUAUCUCCUUAACGCGGAAACCACUUCUACAGAAGCGACUCGACGAGCGGUUCCGCCGCGUGCUAAGUGAGAGAAUCAUUUUCUAUGGAGAAAAGAGCAUGGAUUAUGUCCAAGGUUUACUGGUUUAUAUGGCAUGGCGUCCAUUACAUAUCCGACCGCUGAGUAACCAGGGUUCGCAAUUCAUGCAGAUACUCGUGACUAUGAUAUCUGAUUUGAAACUCACGGAAAGAAUGCAUGAUGAGGGUGCCCGAGAUGUAUGUCUUGGGUGUUAUAGUCUUUCGUCUCUUGUAUCUGUUGGUUUCCGCCGACGCGGCGAUGAUACCGCAUACAGCUACCUCAAAGCAGCAAUUGAGUCCAAUAGCACACCGAACCAGCCAUACAACGAACAACUCCAACUCGCCAAACUUCAAAUUCUAUUCGAAGAAACAAUACGGUCUCAAACCGAAUGCAUCUCCUUAAAAUGCCCAAACACCAAAGACCAAAGACUUAAACAGAAAAUGGAAUCCCUCCGCCUAGAACUCCAAAUCUUCCAACGAGUGCAUACCCUCAACACCAGUACGUCCACCCCUACAUCCAAGAAACUAUAUACUAACACCCCCACCGUCCCUCUCCACCUCUCUACAUUAUCCCUAAAAGUCCACAUCGCCCUCCUCCCCUUCCGAAUCCUCAACCCAAAAUCACCCCUCAGACCCGAUCUCGACCAAGCCACCUCCUGCGCAACAGCUAUCCGCUCCUUUUUCGAAUACUUCCUCUCCAUUCCACAGGAGGAAUACAUCACUUUCUCGAUUCGAGAAUGGUGUCAGUUGAUACUAACUAUUAGUGCAUCAUCAUAUAUCUGUUUCUUACCCCUAGCACCUGGAUCUGGCCUCACGAGCCCCGAAUGGAUCGACUUCCAGGUUAAGACACGAUCAAAUAUGUUAAUUUACCUCGAGAGUCUUUCUCAUCGGAUGUGCAGUCUUUCUGUUACAAAGAGGGGAGAUACACCAGAUUUAUUUUUUAUGUUCAAGUCGGUGUUGGAUAUUGUGUUGCCGACGUAUGCUCCCGUCCAUGGGGGGUCUUCAGCCAUGAGGGAAGAGGAGAGCCUAAGGGAAGGAUCUCCAGAGAUGAGCGUGCCUACACGAUCGGCUACUUCGACCCGCUGUCCGAUGAUGAAUGGGAGUAUUCGACAGUCGGAGUUCUGGGAGGCUAUGGAGCAGAGUGAUCUGUACUUCGAAGGCUUGGGGAAUGGGAAUGGAGGGAAUGGAGGGAGUGGUGAGGAUAUGUGUUCGUUGGGGGUACCGGGGGUGGGCAGUCUGUUUGAUGAUUGUGGGGACUGGCCGAGUAUAUUUUCGGAGUGGGUUAAUAUUUGUAAUAGUUGA